AUCGCUUUCUUUGACACUUCCGAUUAUUAAAAGCCUCGAAAAAUUCACAAUUUUCAAUUCAGGUAUUCUUUAAAAUGGGCAAUAGAUUUGGAACUACACGUAACGGUUCUGUGAACUCUAAUCACCGAAAUUAUGUGGAAAUUCGUACGGACCAAGGAGUAUAUCGAAUAGGUGUAAGAAGACCACGUGGUUCUGGAAAUAUCUAUGUGCGCGGGCGAGGAAGCAUCUACGUGCGAGGUCGUGGCAGAACCUAUGGUACUUGGAGUACCCAUGUCCGUAGUGGAUAUGUGAGCUUUGAAAGGACCAAUGAACGAGGAUUUCGCAGCUCUAACGCAAUUAAUCAGGAUUUGGCGGCAGUCGAGGAGGCAGAUGAUGAGGCUUCGGAACUAGAAGACAACUCGGGCGUCGAUAUUGUAGAAUCAUCAUCAACUGAUGGGGACUUCGAAGAUGCUGAGGAAAGCAGCUAAUUGAAGUCAGGAAAUGUUAAAUCCCAAAAAUACGCGUAUUGUAAUAA